CAUAGGCAAGAACAAGACAACCAGAACACUCUUUGAAGGAAGGUUACAAAUGUCAGUGGUCAACCAAUGCUAUUAGUAUUCAAAGUCAGACUCUAGGUGUGGCCUGUGCUGCUUUAAUCUGGGCAUUCCUGGGUCCCAGUACAUGUUCAGAGAAGAACUUAGACAAAGAAGAUGGAAGGAAGCUGGUUCCACAGGAAAAGAUUUUCCUUCUACCUCCUUCUCGGUUUUCUGCUUCAAGGAGGGGGCGUUACUUUCACCAUCAAUUGCUCAGGGUUUGGCCAGCACGGGGCGGAUCCCACCGCUCUGAAUUCAGUGUUUAAUAGAAAGCCCUUCCGUCCGGUCACCAACAUCAGCGUCCCCACCCGAGUCAACAUCUCCUUCACGAUGUCUGCCAUCCUAGAUGUGGUUUGGGAUAACCCAUUUAUCAGCUGGAACCCAGAGGAAUGUGAGGGCAUCACGAAGAUGAGUAUGGCAGCCAAGAACCUGUGGCUCCCAGACAUUUUCAUCAUUGAACUCAUGGAUGUGGAUAAGACCCCAAAAGGCCUCACAGCAUAUGUAAGUAAUGAAGGUCGCAUCAGGUAUAAGAAACCCAUGAAGGUGGACAGUAUCUGUAACCUGGACAUCUUCUACUUCCCCUUCGACCAGCAGAACUGCACACUCACCUUCAGCUCAUUUCUCUACACAGUGGACAGCAUGUUGCUGGACAUGGAGAAAGAAGUGUGGGAAAUAACAGACGCAUCCCGGAACAUCCUUCAGACCCAUGGAGAAUGGGAGCUCCUGGGCCUCAGCAAGGCCACCGCAAAGUUGUCCAGGGGAGGCAACCUGUAUGAUCAGAUCGUGUUCUAUGUGGCCAUCAGGCGCAGGCCCAGCCUCUAUGUCAUAAACCUUCUCGUGCCCAGUGGCUUUCUGGUUGCCAUCGAUGCCCUCAGCUUCCACCUGCCAGUGAAAAGUGGGAAUCGUGUCCCAUUCAAGAUAACGCUCCUGCUGGGCUACAACGUCUUCCUGCUCAUGAUGAGUGACUUGCUCCCCACCAGUGGCACCCCCCUCAUAGGUGUCUACUUCGCCCUGUGCCUGUCCCUGAUGGUGGGCAGCCUGCUGGAGACCAUCUUCAUCACCCAUCUGCUGCACGUGGCCAACACCCAGCCCCCACCCCUGCCUCGGUGGCUCCACUCCCUGCUGCUCCACUGCAACAGCCCAGGGAGAUGCUGUCCCACUGCGCCCCAGAAGGAAAAUAAGGGCCUGGGUCUCACCCCCACCCACCUGCCCGGUGUGAAGGAGCCAGAGGUAUCAGCAGGGCAGAUGCCAGGCCCUGCGGAGGCAGAGCUGACAGGGGGCUCAGAAUGGACAAGGGCCCAGCGGGAACACGAGGCCCAGAAGCAGCACUCGGUGGAGCUGUGGGUGCAGUUCAGCCACGCGAUGGACGCCAUGCUCUUCCGCCUCUACCUGCUCUUCAUGGCCUCCUCCAUCAUCACCGUCAUAUGCCUCUGGAACACCUAGGCAGGUGCUCACCUGCCAACUUCAGUCUGGAGCUUCUCUUGCCUCCAGGGACUGGCCAGGUCUCCCCCCUUUCCUGAGUACCAACUAUCAUAUCCCCAAAGAUGACUGAGUCUCUGCUGUAUUCCAUGUAUCCCAAUCCGGUCCUGCUGAUCAAUUCCAAUCCCAGACAUUUCUCCCUGUUCCUGCAUUUUGUUGGCUUCCUUCAGUCCUACCAUAUGGUUCUAGGUCCCUCUUACGUCAUCUGCAUAGCAGACUAUACCUCUUCUGUCCGCUGACUUUCCCAAUAAAUAAUUCUGCAGAGA